AUUAGAUGUGAUACACGUGUUCCGCAAUUGUCAUCAAAUCUGCCAGUGGACACCAAGUAAGUAGCCGUUAUUGACCGGGAUGAUUAAAGUCAGCUGAGUAGUGCCAUCGAACACUUAAACAUCAACCAUGACCGCACCUCUCUACACUAUCAUUGGGACGCCAUUCAGCACCUUCACCCGAUCUAUCACUCUCGGAUUGACUUACAAGAAGAUACCCUUCACUCAAGUUAGAUGUGUUCCACACUCGGACACAGCAUAUGACAACCAUCCAUUCGGGUUUCUACCCACUCUGAUCAUCCACCAAAUUGAUGGCAAGACAGUCAACCUGAAGUUGCGCGAGAGCGCGGCCAUCGCGCGCUACAUUGACAGGGUUGCACCAGAACCCAGCUUGCAUAUUUCUCCGGGUGACGGGAAGGCCAUCAUCGAGGAACAGAUGUGGGAGUUUGUGAGUCUUGCCGGAGCACAUGGUUUCCCUGCUGUUGAGAAAGGGGUCGUGAAACCCCGUGUGGCUGCCACCGACGCAGGCCAACCUACAGACUCUGCGAUUCGCGAACAAAUUAAACCAGCUGUAGAGCAUCUUAGGAGAUUGCUUGGUAAAAUUGAAGAACUAAUGGCAGACGAGGGCUAUGUCUGGGCGGACUUCUUUUUGUUCCCCCUGCUUGCAGAUCUGAAAGCAAUCCCGGAGGGCGAAUUGCUUUCUCCAAGAAUGCUGAACUGGAUGGAGGAAAUGAAUAAGUUGGAGGCAGUUAAGGCCACCACUCCGGGUACCUUGAGUGUUGGUGCAAGACCCCCCUAAUCACUCAACUCGAGCAGUGCAGGAAUUUCUUGUGAAUCGAGCUCGAAUCUGUAUUAACUGGAGAAAUUAACUUUCGAUCUAAGCAUGAUUUGUAGAACUAUCCAAGCAAUCUUCAGUUGACAUGUUGUAAAUCUUGAGAACGUUGCAGGCCCCCUCCCACUACUGCUUCAC